CUCAAACUUUAAAAGUGACGUUUCGCAACUACGUUAUUAAGCAUUUCACAUUACGUGACGUAAACUAAACAGCUGUUGGACACUUUUUUAAUUACACGUUCUAAGUAAAAUCAGUGAAAAUAUUAGAACGCUGAGGAAAGUUAAUUAAAUAAUGUCUGCAAUUGUACAAUUGACAAGAAUUUGUGGUAAACAGCAAGGAAGAACGAUAAACACAUUUCAUGCCAUAAAAGGCGCCAGUUUCUAUAAAUUCAAUAUUACGAAUAAUCGUGUGAUUACACACUUGAAUAUUUAAGAGAUUAAGAAGCAAUAAAAAAGUUUUAACUUUGCCAAACUCCAGUAAAAAAAAACAAAAAAAGAUUUCUCAAAAUAGCAAACAACACACUUUAACCGUUGUGAAAACAAAAGCUGUACAAGUUUUAAGUUUCUAAAUUACUUAGAUUAAAGCCUUACAUUCCCACCUAACGAUCUAUUAAAAAUGGGUCGCACUUCACGUGUACGUAGGCGUCUGCACCGCAAGUCAACGCAUGAAGAAGGUAAUUUUUUACCAGAUCUAUAUAAAUAUAUGCAUUCGAAAGGUUGGAAAAAUGAAAGUCAACUAACAGUACGUGACUUCUCUGAGACUGGACGCGGUAUAUGUUACAAGCAAACACAAAUAAAUAACCAUGAUAAUAUCAUUAUAAAAGUACCAAUAAAAUCAUUCAUCACCAUUGCAACAUUAGAGACAGAUGAUGACUUCAAGCAGGUUUUUAGUUCCGUUGAGUUCAGUGAAGAAAAUCGUAUCAAUUUUCAAGAACUUCUAGCACUUUAUCUAUGCUAUCAGAACCAUCUGCAGCAGCGGUCACCAUUAUACGCUUACCUCCAAACAAUACCUAGAAGCUUUACAAACCCAUACUUUUGUACGUUAGAUGAAAUGCGUUGUUUACCUGAAGAACUACUCGAAAAGAUAAUAGCACAGAAAACAACAAUCAAAACAAGCUACGCAAAUUUAAGAAAAAUUCUCGCUACGAACCACUGUGCCUGUUGUGGUUUACACUUUCUUGAUGUUACUUUUACUAUACAGUUAUAUGAGUGGGCCUAUUUUGCUGUUAACUCCCGUACAGUACAUUUAAGUACUAAUUAUGUGACAACAAAUAAUGGUGUGUUCUUCAAAAAAUUACUGAACAAUGCACCCACUAUGGCCUUAGCACCAUUUCUGGAUAUGGCCAAUCACAGCGAUAAAAUCAACACUUGUCCUAUGGUCAUUGCUAAUGACAAAAAUGAGUUGGAAUUUAUGAUAAAACUAGAACGUAGUUCACUUCCAACCAAACCCUUUGAGCAACUAUACAUCAGUUACGGCAUGUGUACAAAUUUUCGAUUAUUAACAGAUUAUGGCUUUUCGUUGCCUGGUAAUAGACAUGAAGUCUUUACUAUCACUCUAAGUGAUAUUGAAAAGUUUAUCAAGGCUGGCAAAAAUGGUUACGGUUACUCCUUCCAUCGUAAUAAGUUCAAAUUUAUACGUGAUCAUAACCUUCAUGAUGCUAUGUUAAUUAUCUUUGACGAAGGUAUGUCACACAAUCUGCAUUUGGUCUUACAUUUGUUAUUUAAAGUGGAGUCGUAUUUCCCGAAUAUAUUAAGUGAGAUUGCAUUUGGUGAUGCACAACAAUUGGCUGAUGUACAAUUGGAACUGAAUUUAUUGUUGGAAUAUAAAAUUUCAGAGUACACGACUUUUCUACAGCAAUUGUCUCGGCUUAACACUCUAACAGCAUCUGCAACUAUGGCAAAGAAUUACCUUACAGAAUGUAUUGAGUUCCUAAAAAUGUACAUAAGCUAGUUAUACUAUAGGAUACAGUAUAUAAAGUAGUUUAUACAGUUUAUAAUACAAAGUAGUAUAUAAUCAUAUAAUUUUGGCUAAUGUAUAAAAAUUAGUUUUAUUGUCCGGGUACAUGUCUCGGCGCCAAUCGUCGCCUAUUCAAGUAGCUCCGUGCGGGUUACAACAACAACAACAAAACUUGACUGUCUGAAAUAAAGGGUGGAUCAAAAAUAUUGCUAACUGCUCUAGAAAGCUUUAAGCUAAUUUAAGUCUAUGAUGUCAUAUAUUUCAAUGGACGCUCUGGAAAACGCACAGUUUCUUAAACAGACGUUUUUCAUUAUAUUAUAAUCUUUCUGAUUUAAUGCAAAAGUUUUCAUAAUUUUUUAAAA